UUCUCACUGCCUGAGCAGAGGCCCCACACCCACCGAGGCAUGGGGCUCCCUGGGCUGUUCUGCUUGGCCGUGCUGGCCGCCAGCAGCUUCUCCAAGGCGCAGGAGGAAGAAAUCACCCCUGUGGUCUCCAUUGCCUACAAAGUCCUGGAAGUUUUCCCCAAAGGCCGCCGGGUGCUCAUAACCUGCCACGCACCCCAGGUACCACCGCCCAUCACCUAUUCCCUCUGUGGAACCAAGAACAUCAAAGUGGACAAGAAGGUGGUGAAGACCCAUGAGCCGGCCUCCUUCAACCUCAACAUCACACUCAAGUCCAGUCCAGACCUGCUCACCUACUUCUGCCGGGCGGCCUCCACCUCAGGUGCCCAUGUGGACAGUGCCAGGCUGCAGAUGUACUGGGAGCUGUGGUCCAAGCCAGUGUCUGAGCUGCGGGCCAACUUCACUCUGCGGGACAGAGGGGCAGGCCCCAGGGUGGAGAUGAUCUGCCAGGCGUCCUCGGGCAGCCCACCCAUCACCUACAGCCUGGUCGGGAAGGAUGGGCAGGUCCACCUGCAGCAGAGACCACGCCACGGGCAGCCUGCCAACUUCUCCUUCCUGCCGAGCCAGACAUCGGACUGGUUCCAGUGCCAGGCUGCAAACAACGUCAAUGUCCAGCACAGCGCCCUCACACUGGUGCCCCCAGGUGAGAGGGCCCUUGGAUUUCCAGAGGGGCAGCUGGCGCUUCUGUGCCGGGAGGGUGCUAGUGUCCAAGACACAGGUCGAUGGGAAGUGGGACAGCUCUACCCGGCCACUGCUGAGAGCAGAGAGGGUACAGGAGGCAACCAUGCCCACCCUGGCCCCUGCCUAAAGGAAGCCCAACCCAGCUGCCUCCGCCCCCCUCCCAGGAGAGUUGCCCAAGGCACCCACCAUCGUGCUGGCUGGCAGCCUCGCCUCCAUUGCGGCCAUCACCUCCGGGAUGCUGGGCUGGACCACGUGGGCCAGGUCGUGACCAGAAGAUGGAGGACUGGCAGGGUUCCCUGGAGAGCCCCAUGCUUGCCUUGCCGCCCUACAGGAGCACCCACCGUCUGAGUGAAGAAGAGUUUGGGGGGUUCAGGAUAGGGAAUGGGGAGGUCAGAGGACACAAAGCAGCA